AUGGAAUCAGAGGAAUAUCUCUCAAUAAAUAGGCUAGAAAAUCACAGAAAAAUACAUAUGCCUAAGAAAAUAUUAUCCUUUGCAUGUGUGUUUGCUGCUAUAGGGACAGCCUAUUAUUCACUCUAAAUUGAGGAUGAAAUUGAAUUGAAUUAAGAGAAGAAUAUUAAUUUGUUCAAAUAAGAUCGUAUCAAAGUUGAAGUUAAAGAUACUAUCUAUUUUGCAAUGGAAAAUUACACAGAUGUAUUCAAUACAGGAAAAACAAAAGGUGUUUCUAUGUUUACUUUGAAUCAGAAAAAAUAGAAAGAAUACAAAUUAAGAAUAUUCAAAAGUUAUGAAAGCGAUGAAGUAGAUUUUGAAGAGAAACUCCCAUCUGAACCAAAAAAUGUGAAGUACUAUAAUGACGAUGUUAGAAUUAUUGUCUAUCAAAAUAGAAGUCUAUAAUUUAAUCAUCCUUUACUUGGAAAAAUAAUGUCACCAGAAAAUAUCUAAGUUGUUGAUUCUGCCUGGACCGCAGAUAAAACUCUUUUUAUCAUAUAUGAAGGUGAAAUUGAAGACUAUUCUUAUUGGUAAACGGUUCAUCCAUUUUGGGGUGUUUCAGUUAUGUAUGUCUAAACUGCAGAUAAUCUAGGGAAAAGGACUGCAAUUGAAAGAUAUGAAAAAAGAAUUCUCUACAUAAUUAAUGAUAUAUUGGAAGUUGAUUUCAGUUAUACGAAUUGUGCGAAAGAAAUGAGUACAGCAGAUGAAGAUAUUCUAUGGAUAAUCAAUUGCUAAAGAAAUUAAGUGAUGAGGGCAGGCCGCUCCUUAGACAAAACUUGGAUUUCAUUCCCUGCUCUAUCAGCCGAUAAAAUUGCUGCAAUUGAUAAGGAUAGAGUGCUCUUGCUUAGAAAAUAAUCAUUUAGAUUAGUUACAGUCAAUACAUAUCGUCUUUAAUAUUAUUGA